AUGGCGUUCAACCUCUUCCGUAUUGCCGGGGAUCUCUCCCAUCUGGCGUCCAUUUUCAUUUUGCUGCACAAGAUUGUCCAGCUCAAGAGCUGUUCUGGCAUCUCGUUCAAGUCGCAGGCGCUGUACCUGAUUGUCUACGUCACAAGAUACCUGGAUCUCCCAUGGACGCACUCCCCCUACAACUUCAUCUUCAAGGUCCUCUUCAUCUCCUCCCAGCUAUACACGAUCUACCUGAUGGCACGCGAGUACCGACCGACCAACGACGCCAACCUUGACACCUUCCGCGUCGAGUAUCUGCUCGGCUUCGCCGCGGUCCUCGCCCUGUUGUUCCCCGUGCGCUACACCGUCCUCGAAGUGUUCUGGGCCUUCUCGAUCUGGCUGGAGAGCGUGGCCAUCCUGCCGCAGCUGUUUAUGUUGCAGCGCACAGGCGAGGCCGAGGCGAUCACGGCGCAUUACUUGUUCGCGCUGGGAACCUACCGCGCCCUGUACAUCCCCAACUGGAUCUACCGCUACGCGACGGAGUCGUCGCGUAAGAUCGACACGAUUGCCGUGGUGGCGGGUGUGCUGCAGACGGUGCUAUACAGCGACUUCUUCUGGAUUUACUACACCAAGGUCAUGAAGGGAGAGAAGUUCAAGUUGCCUGUCUAA